CGCGCCGGACUACAAGUCCCGAGGAGCACGGGGCGCAGGGCUUCCGGCCCGGGCGGCAGCUGAGCCGCUAGCCGAGGGGGGAGCAGGCCCAGGGUCGCGAUGUGCCGGGGCCGGGCGCCGGCGCUCUGGCCACUGCCAGAAAAUGCUGAACACUCAUCCAGGAAUGAUUUGAAGGAACCUGACUGUGUGCUUGCCACCUGCUUCUGAACAUCCAGGUUUAUGUGAGUUUAGAGCAAACUUCCCAUGACUAAGAAAUGCUGGCCUAGAUUAUGAGCUCAAACAAGAACGCUCGCUACAAUCGUUUCUCCAGUGGCACAACAAACAUCAGUACUUCCGAAAACACUAACGGCACAAGAAUGGAAACAACUUUUGGGCCAGCCUACUCUGCUGUGACAACCAUCACAAAGGCUGACGGGACCAAUACUUUCAAACAGCACCGUCGGACCCCAUCCUCCUCCAGCACACUCACCUACUCCCCACGAGAUGAGGAUGAUGGCAUGCCUCCGAUCAGCACCCCACGCCGCUCUGACUCUGCUAUCUCCGUCCGUUCAUUGCACUCUGAGUCCAACAUGUCCUUGCGCUCGACGUUCUCACUCCAUGAGGAAGAGGAGGAGCCAGAGCCACUGGUGUUUGCUGAACAACCGUCCGUGAAGCUGUGCUGCCAACUGUGUUGUAGUGUGUUUAAGGAUCCAGUUAUCACAACCUGUGGGCACACAUUUUGUAGAAGAUGUGCCUUAACAUCUGAGAAGUGCCCCGUGGACAAUGCCAAACUGACCGUAGUGGUUAACAACAUUGCGGUGGCUGAACAGAUCGGGGAGCUCUUCAUUCACUGCAAGUAUGGCUGCCGGCCUGCAGCCAGCAGCAAGCCCGCUGCCUUUGAGGUGGACCCCCGUGGAUGUCCGUUUACAAUUAAACUGAGUGCCAGGAAAGAUCAUGAAAGCAGCUGUGAUUACCGGCCAGUUCGCUGCCCCAAUAACCCCAGCUGCCCACCUCUCCUGAAAAUGAACCUGGAGGCACAUCUGAAAGAGUGCGAGCACAUAAAAUGUCCCCACUCCAAAUACGGGUGUACAUUCAUAGGAAAUCAAGACACUUAUGAGACCCACUUGGAGACGUGCAAGUUUGAGGGUCUGAAGGAGUUCCUGCAGCAGACGGACGAUCGCUUCCAUGAGAUGCAGGUGGCAAUGGCUCAGAAGGACCAGGAAAUUGCCUUCCUGCGCUCCAUGCUGGGGAAGCUCUCAGAGAAAAUCGACCAGCUGGAGAAGAACCUGGAGCUUAAGUUUGAUGUGCUGGAUGAGAACCAGAGCAAGCUGAGUGAGGACCUGAUGGAGUUCCGCAGGGACGCCUCCAUGCUGAACGAUGAACUCUCCCACAUUAAUGCUCGGCUCAACAUGGGCAUCCUUGGAUCCUAUGAUCCUCAGCAGAUCUUCAAGUGCAAGGGGACCUUUGUGGGACACCAGGGCCCUGUCUGGUGUUUAUGCGUUUACUCCAUAGGAGACUUGCUCUUCAGCGGCUCUUCAGACAAAACCAUUAAGGUGUGGGAUACCUGUACCACAUACAAGUGCCAAAAGACCUUGGAAGGUCACGAUGGAAUUGUACUGGCUCUCUGCAUCCAGGGGAACAAGCUGUACAGUGGCUCUGCUGACUGCACCAUUAUUGUCUGGGAUAUUCAAAACCUGCAGAAAGUGAACACGAUCCGAGCACAUGACAAUCCUGUUUGCACUUUGGUCUCCUCGCACAACAUGCUGUUCAGCGGCUCUCUCAAAGCCAUCAAGGUCUGGGAUAUUGUAGGUACCGAGCUCAAACUGAAGAAGGAGCUGACAGGUCUCAAUCACUGGGUGCGAGCGCUGGUGGCUUCUCAAAACUAUCUCUACAGUGGAUCUUAUCAAACAAUCAAGAUCUGGGACAUCCGCAACUUGGAGUGUGUCCACGUGCUGCAGACGUCAGGAGGCAGUGUCUACUCCAUUGCUGUGACAAACCACCACAUUGUGUGUGGCACCUAUGAGAACCUCAUCCAUGUCUGGGAUAUAGAGACAAAGGAACAAGUCCGCACGCUGACCGGGCAUGUGGGCACGGUCUAUGCCCUCGCUGUCAUCUCCACACCGGAUCAAACCAAAGUCUUCAGUGCAUCGUAUGACCGGUCUCUCAGGGUGUGGAGCAUGGACAACAUGAUCUGUACCCAGACACUGCUGCGACACCAGGGUAGCGUCACUGCCCUCGCAGUCUCCAGGGGCCGCCUCUUCUCUGGCGCUGUGGACAGCACUGUAAAGGUCUGGACGUGCUAGUGAGAGCGCCACACUAGUCCUGCACACUGAAAGACCAAAAACUCCCCUCCGUUGGCCUGCUGGGUGACUAACACCACUAUGAAAUAACUGCUGCAGCUCCUCUCCGCACCGACCACUGCCUGCUGCUGCCCAUCGGCCGGUUCCCCCACCCGCAAGGACCCUGGCUGGCAGCUCUCAGGACGGGUCUGGCUCAUGGAUGCUCCAGACGUUCCCUCAGAUCUGCCGUAUACGAUUAGAAACACAGAGGAAGCCGUUCCAGUUGCCAGAGCCUUCCGCACUGCAGGCUGCCCUCCUCUGCCUGCGUUCCCCCAGCUGGGGAGCAUCCUCUGGGGCCGGGGCAGCCCCGCCGCGCACCGGUGCGGACACAGCGCAGCCCUUGGCCGGCGAUGGGACUGAAUGGUUCAGCUUGUCACCGGUGGGAGCCAGCCUGGCCAGGGCAGCGACGCUGGGAGGCUGGUCCCUUUGUAAAUGGUAGAACUGAGCAUUAGGCCUUGUCCUGGGUUGGGACCCCGACCCCUUUCUGUCUCUAUUAUUUAAUUUUACUGCCAAGAUGUCAGGCUGAUCCAUCUGGGAAGAGGUGUUUUCUUGAGUAGCCAGGUACGAUUUUUAUGCCACAGCUAGUUCUCAAAUCAAAUAACACAAGCCCAUUGUUCACCACCCUGUAAUAAUGGUCUCCACAUUAAAGAGAAGAAGCCUCCGUUGCAUUUUUACUCACAUUUUCUACUGUUUUUAAGAUUGUAAUAGAGAUUUGAUUAUUUCUUCAUUGACAAUAAAAGCAGAAAGAGUU